GUCUCGCGCCGUCCGCCCGCCGUCGUCGCCGCCCGCCCGCCGCGUGAGAGGACGGAGCUCGCGCUCGCUCCGCGGUGCGCUGCGCUGCGGUCCGCUCCGCGCCGCUCGGAGGAGGCUCGCCGCCCGCGCCGCGGCCCCGCGAAGGUUCGCGAAGCCGAAGCCCCAGCCCGAGUCGCCGCCCCGGAGCCGUCCUCGCCGCCCCAGCCGCCGCCGGCGCCGGUCCCCGGGGCGCCAUGGCGACCGGAGCGAACGCCACGCCGCUGGAUUUCCCAAACAAGAAGCGCAAGAGGAGCCGCUGGAACCAGGACACCAUGGAACAGAAAACGGUGAUUCCAGGAAUGCCCACAGUCAUCCCCCCUGGUCUGACACGGGAACAGGAAAGAGCUUAUAUAGUGCAACUACAGAUAGAAGACCUGACUCGCAAACUGCGCACAGGAGACCUGGGCAUCCCCCCUAACCCUGAGGACAGGUCUCCUUCCCCUGAGCCCAUUUACAAUAGCGAGGGGAAGCGACUCAACACCAGGGAGUUUCGGACCCGCAAGAAACUGGAGGAAGAAAGACACAACCUCAUCACUGAGAUGGUGGCGCUCAACCCUGACUUCAAACCACCAGCAGAUUACAAACCUCCGGCAACCCGGGUAAGCGACAAGGUGAUGAUCCCGCAAGAUGAAUAUCCAGAGAUCAACUUUGUGGGGCUCCUGAUUGGACCCAGGGGCAACACUUUGAAGAAUAUUGAGAAAGAGUGCAAUGCUAAGAUCAUGAUCCGGGGGAAAGGGUCAGUGAAGGAAGGCAAGGUUGGGCGCAAAGAUGGACAGAUGCUGCCCGGGGAGGAUGAGCCCCUCCAUGCCCUAGUAACUGCCAAUACCAUGGAGAACGUCAAAAAGGCAGUAGAGCAGAUUCGCAACAUUCUGAAACAGGGCAUUGAAACCCCAGAGGACCAGAACGACCUCCGGAAGAUGCAGCUGCGGGAGUUAGCCCGCUUGAAUGGCACUCUCCGGGAGGAUGACAAUAGGAUUUUAAGACCGUGGCAGAGCUCUGAGACCCGCAGCAUUACAAAUACCACCGUCUGCACCAAAUGUGGAGGGGCCGGCCACAUUGCUUCAGACUGCAAAUUCCAAAGGCCUGGUGACCCACAGUCGGCCCAGGACAAAGCCCGCAUGGAUAAAGAAUACCUGUCCCUCAUGGCGGAGUUGGGCGAAGCGCCCGUCCCGGCUUCUGCAGGCUCUGCCUCUGGGCCUGCUGCCACCCCCUUGGCCAGCGCACCUCGACCUGCUGCCCCAGCCAACAACCCGCCACCGCCGUCUCUCAUGUCCACCACCCAGAGCCGCCCGCCUUGGAUGAACUCCGGCCCCUCGGAGAAUCGUCCCUACCACGGAAUGCAUGGUGGAGGACCCGGUGGCCCCGGAGGUGGACCUCACAACUUUCCCCAUCCACUGCCCAGCCUAACGGGUGGGCACGGCGGUCAUCCUAUGCAGCACAACCCUAACGGGCCCCCACCCCCCUGGAUGCAGCCGCCGCCGCCACCGAUGAACCAGGGGCCCCACCCACCUGGGCACCAUGGCCCUCCUCCAAUGGGUAAAUCAGUACCUGGGAAGUACGCCUGUGGGCUCUGGGGUCUAUCGCCUACAUCAAGGAAAAGGUAUGAUGCCGCCUCCGCCUAUGGGCAUGAUGCCGCCGCCGCCGCCUCCCAGUGGGCAGCCCCCACCCCCUCCCUCUGGCCCUCUUCCCCCAUGGCAGCAGCAGCAGCAGCAGCCUCCGCCUCCCCCGCCGCCCAGCAGCAGUAUGGCUUCCAGUACCCCCUUGCCAUGGCAGCAAAAUACGACGACUACCACCACGAGCGCUGGCACAGGGUCCAUCCCGCCAUGGCAACAGCAGCAGGCGGCUGCCGCAGCUUCUCCAGGAGCCCCUCAGAUGCAAGGCAACCCCACUAUGGUGCCCCUGCCCCCCGGGGUCCAGCCGCCUCUGCCGCCCGGGGCCCCCCCCCCUCCGCCGCCGCCGCCACCUGGUUCCGCCGGCAUGAUGUACGCCCCGCCCCCUCCUCCUCCGCCUCCCAUGGACCCUUCUAACUUUGUCACCAUGAUGGGCAUGGGGGUGGCGGGCAUGCCGCCCUUCGGGAUGCCUCCAGCUCCCCCACCGCCUCCACCACAGAACUAGACUUGAUUUUUUUUAAGAAAAUAUAGAUAUUAUAUAUAUAUUCUAUAUAUAUAAUUGGUCUCGUUAAAACACACGCCGAACCUCACCAUAUGGAGCCAGACAUUGGGACGCACGCAUGUUGUGUGUGUGUGCACGCACAGGGCUGGGCUGUGCCAGGGAGCCUGUCCCGGGCCUCCGAGGACUUGCUCGGGAGCAGGCAGGUGGUAGUAGGGGCGCCAGCUUGGGCUCUCCUGGCGCCCCGUAGCAUCGAGUCUCUUCUUGUCUUCUCUCUCCUCCCCCAACUCCCCUUGCCCCUCCCCAAACGGGGCCGCCAGGAUCCGUCCCCGCGGCGGUGGCCCGCGCCAUGCGACUGAGGACUUUCCGCGCCCAUUGGUGACCCUUCCGGGGAGACAGCCUCAGCAGCGCCCCUGGUGGACGGGAUGGUUCGGCAAGGCAGCCUGACUUAUUUGGUGGACCGAAGCGGAACCCGCUGGCUCCAUAUCGUGAAUUUUAUUCAUUGUUUCUCUGCCUUUCCUUUGUACUUUCUUUUCUCUUCCUUUCCUCAGACUCCGUCCAAGGAGAUGCUCUCCCCGGGCUUCCGCUGCAGUUAGGCCCCCUCCUUCCUCCCAGUCCCCCGAUUCUUGGCUUUCUGCAGCGGAGGGAGCAAAUGGAGCUUUGUACCGCCCCUUGGGCCCUCACGGGGGGCCCGGGGUCAGGCUCCUUUCUCUCCCCGUCGCUCUUCGGGGAAGAAGUUGGGGCCCCUGGCCCAGAGAGGGGCGCGGCAGGGCUUUCCCCCUGCUGGCGAUACCAGCACUCGCUCCCCCCAGCCACCCGGCCUCUGGUCCCAUUUGCUCCUCCUGCUGACAGAAUGUCUUUCUUCAUUUUAUUUUAGUCCCAAAUGUCUGAAUGUUUUGUGGUGGGGGGGGGUUCCCCCCUCUGCUCCCUCCCUCCCUCCCCCCCCCCCCUCUCCCUCCCUCUUCAUGGAGUGAUUAUGUUGACAAUGAUGUGUAAAGCGCGCUCUCCUCACCGCUUUCUCUGCAGAGAUUUCUUUUGGCCUUUUAUUUGGUGUACAAUAAAACUGCAUUAAAAGGGGGAUGUUCCAUUGA